UUUUCUUUCUGAGUAAGAGGAUGGAAGUGACAGAGUGAAAUAAAAAGGAAUCAGAGAAAAGCUGGUAAGCGAAUAGUCUCGCGAAAACUUUCCCAUUCAGACACCAUGUCCAGCAAAGAAGUCAAAACAGCUUUGAAAAAUGCAAGAGAAGCCAUCAAAAACAAAGAGUUUAAAGAAGCUCUGAAACAUUGCAAGGCUGUGCUCAAAGUGGAGAAGAGUAACUACAGUGCCUGGGUGUUCAUUGGAGUCGCUGCCUCUGAGCUGGAGCAGCCUGACCAGGCUCAGGCUGCCUAUAAAAAGGCUGUAGAGCUGAACCCAGAUCAGCUCUUAGCUUGGCAGGGACUGGCAAAUCUAUACGAAAAAAGUGACCAGCAAGAUUUCAAAGCUGAACUUCCCAGUGUUUACCAGAAACUCAUAACACUAUAUGAAAGUUCAGAUAAGGUCAAAUAUCAUGAAGUGACUAAGAAGUUGGUGGACAUCUAUCAAGCAGAGAAGAAUGACUUGGAGGUGGCGCAUGCGUGGCGUCGGCUGAUCCAGGUGAGGGAAGCGGAGGGGGGUGUAGGGAAGGUGGAUCUGCUCCAGCUGUGGAGAGAGAUGACUAGACUGCUUAAAGACAGUGUGGAGACACAGGACAAUGAGACUCAACAGCAUCUAAUAGAAGCGUUUGAAAAGGCCUUGAAUCUGACUGAAGAUGUACCAUCUGAAGACCAUCAGAAACUGCUAGAAGAUUACAUCAUAUGUCUCUCAAAACUCCCACAUGAAGAGAGGAGGAUGAAGGAGGUGUGUGAGAACAUGCUGUCCCUCUGUCCCACCUCAGUCUUCCCAUUAGAGACGCUGGCCUCUCACUACCUCACAGCAGGAGUGUGUGGCGAGGACGCAGUGAGCUGUUUUACUCGUCUGUCAGAGCUGGAUCCAGACAGCGCGCUGGCCCACAUGGGCAUGGGAAUCAUAGCCCUACAGGACAGGAAGUAUGACAGUGCCAUUCAAAGCCUGGCCCAGGGUCUGAAGAAAAUGCGGUCCAGCGUUGCCGGCUGGUAUAGUUUGUCUUUAGCCCAUCUGAACAUGCACAGAUACUCAGACUCUGCCACGUCCUGUAACCAAGGCCUCAGCUGUGUAGGAAGUGUGGAUGAGAAGUGGAAGCAGAAGCUUUUGAGGUUGAAGCUGGAGGCUCUGGUGAGGAGUGGAACGGAGCAGAAUGCUAACGAAGCCCUGGACACACUCUCACAGAUUUCUGACGCAGACAACGAUCCUGUGUUACUUGCUUUAAAAGGGAGAGCACAUCUGCUAAGAGGCCAGAUUGAUCAAGCCCUCCAGGUGUCCUGUGACCUCCUGGAGUCGUACCCAGACUCGGCAGAAGGGUUAGCCCUGAGAGCAUUAGCACACUCGGCAAAAGAUGAUCUUCAGCAAGCAGAGGACAGCUUGCUGAAGGCAGUGGCCCUGAAUCCUGACAAUGGGGAGUAUUAUUUCCUGUUGGGUCAGCUGUACUGGGACAUGGGAGAGGAGACAAGGACAGACAGGAGCAAAGCCCACACACACCUCCUGAAGGCUGCCAAACUGGACCCUCGGCUGGGCUCUGUCUUUCGCCUCCUGGGUCAUUACUACAGGCAGGUGGGUAAAGACGGGGUGCGGGCGCGGGGGUGCUAUAAGAAGGCCUUUGAACUGGACGCCACUGAUGCCGAGUCAGGAGCAGCAAUGGUCGACCUGAGCAUGGAACAGGGGGAUAUGGACGCGGCUUUGGCGGUGCUGGAGUCUGUAACAAAGAGAGCCACUCCCGGGUCGGCCAAAUGGGCCUGGAUGAGGAGAGGCCUGUACCACCUGAAGGUCGGGCAGAACCAACAGGCCAUUGCCGAUUUGCAGGCGGCUUUACGGGCAGACCCUCAGGACUGGGUAUGCUGGGAGUGUUUGGGGGAAGCGUAUUUAAACCGUCACAGUUUCACGGCUGCUAUGAAGGCUUUCACUAAAGCCCAAGAGCUUCACCCUGACUCCAUCUACAGCCUGUACCAAACCGCUGCCAUCAAACAGAUCCUGGGCAGGUUUAAAGAGGCAGCCAGCGAGUACAUGCAGAUCAUAGACCGCGAGGACUAUAUACCUGCAUUGAAAGGCCUAGGGGAGUGUUUUUUGGCCAUGGCCCGAGGUGCUUUAGAGGACUAUGUGGAUGGCAGAGCUAUAGACCUCAUUCAGAAGGCCAUAGAGUACUUGUUCAGGGCGGUGCAGCACCGGCCCGAUCUGUCCUGUCUGUGGAAGUUACUGGGUGAUGCCUGCACCACCACCAGUUCUGUUUCUCCUAACCGGGCCAAGGUUCUGGUACCAGGGGCACUGGCAGGGGCUGAACCUCAAAACCAGAACCACACUCUGGAGCAGACACACCUCCUCAGACUGGGGGAGAGGUGUUAUGGCAGAGCGCUGAAGCUGAUGGCAGAGACUCCCAGUCUGUGGUGUGACCUGGGACUGAACUAUUACCAUCAGGCCAAACUGGUCAGCUCUGAACAGGAGCAGGAGGCUCAGGCCCUGCGGGAGAAAGCCCUGCAGUGUGUGAAGAAGGCUGUGAUGCUGGACAGUGGGAAUCAUACGUACUGGAAUGCACUGGGAGUCGUGGCCAUGGCCAAAGGAAUUGAAAACUUUGCCCUCGCUCAACACAGCUUUAUUAAAUCAGUGAAAGCAGAGGCCAAUAACGUAGUUGCCUGGACCAACCUUGGGGCCUUGUAUCUGAAGAAGGGAAACAUUGAGCUCUCCCAUGAAGCCUUCAAGAUUGCUCAGUCCCUGGAACCUCUUUAUGUUAACUGCUGGAUCGGACAGGCCCUUAUAGCAGAAACAGUGGGAAGCUACGAUACAAUGGACCUCUUCAGACACACCACUGAACUCAGCACACAUACGGAGGGAGUGAAAGGGUAUGCGUACUGGGUGUGUUCCACGCUGCUGGAUAAGACAAACAGAGACUCAGAACUGUACCGCUACAACAUCCUCCAAAUGAACGCUGUGUCUGCUGCCCAGGUGGCUUUAAGCAAAUAUACAGAGAGGGUCCAGACAGACGCUGAUGCCUUCGUCAUGCUUGGCUACCUCAACGAACAUCUGCAACUGCACAGACAAGCCACUCAUGCCUACUGCAGAGCUGUGGAUCUGCUCCGGUCCACCCCACACACAGAGGAGCUGAGUUUUGUCUUGAGGUGCUACGGUCGAGCUCUCUGUAACACAAAACAGUGGGAAGAGGCAGUACGCGUUUACUCCCUCACACCACUAGAGGAGCUACAUGACCUGGCAGGACUGGCAUUGGCCUGUUUUAGAGCGGGACGCCUUCAGGAGAGCAUCAGCGCGUAUGAGAAGGCCCUUGCAGUGGCGUCCACUGAGAAGGAGAAAGCCAACAUCCUCACUGCUCUAGCCCUGCUUCAGCACAGACAGGGCAACAUGGAAACAGCCAAAACCCUGCUCUUUAAAUGCUCUUUGCUGAAGGAGCCGGUGUGUGAGAGUCUGCUGUGUCUGUGUGCUCUGGGUUUGGUGCACAGAGAUAGUACUCUGGCCAGUGCUGCUCUGUCAGAGCUGCUGAAACACGCCUCGCCCACCGGGGGCAGUGUGGAGGAGCGCUGCCUGCUGACCUGCACGCUGCUGGCCCUGCAGGGAAACUACACAGCCGUGCAGAGAGAGGCGGCCAAAGCCGUGCACAGUAACCCAGGAAACCCAACGCUCUGGGCUCUGCUCUCCAGACUGGUGCCUCAGUUCUGCCCCACAAAAGCCAACGGCGGUGCGGUGGCAGGCAGUGUGGCGUGUGAAGCCAGUAUGACUCAGGGAAAGAGGGCGCUGCUGUACAGUGCGGUGAACCAGCUGGCAUCAGGCAGACACUCAGGUGAAGACAGUAAGAGGAAUGCCCUGAAGACCAUGCAAAGAGCCAUAAUGAUGUGUCCAGAUGACCCAGCAGGGUGGGCGGGGCUUCUGGCUGCCUGUCACACUGAGAACACGGCCUGUUUCCUCUCAGGUUCCACCCCUAACAGACAGGGUCUGGAGAGAGCUCUCAUGACCCUGGUGUCUGAGAAAGUAAAGGGAUUGGACUCAGAGGACAGGGUUUUGGCCCAGGCUCUGGAGGGCUGGGUACUACAGCAGGCUAUAACUGCACUCAGACAGAGCAAUCAGUUUGACGACGCUGAGGCUCUCUGUUCACAGGUCCUGAGUAUAUCUCCUGAUCACCCAGCUGUGUUCCUCUUGCUCAGGCAGGUUCAGUGUGAGCGCCUCCUGCUGGCAGAGGGUGGUAAAAACAUCCCUGCUGCAGUGUUAGAGCAGCUGAGUGCAGCAGUCAUGGCCAAUCCCACUUCAGUGUCAGCCUGGCACUGGCUUGCGGAGGUGUAUCGUCAUCAGGGUUUGCUGGUCCAGGCAUCAGUCGCUUACAGGCAGAGUUUACAGAUGUCCUCUCAGCUCGGAGACUACAGCGGGAAGAUGGGUGGUCUACUCCGCCUGGCCCUGCUGGCUCUCACCCCUUGCAUGGCUGGUGUUGGUGGAGGAGAGUGGAGAGACCUGGUGGUGGAGGCCACGACAGAGGCGCUGAAACUGGGCUUGUCACCCCAGGCUCGGCUGCUCCAGGCCCUGCUGCAGUUCUCCAUCAAAAUGGGUGCCAGGGAGACACGCCGUCAACUGGAGAGAAUUGUUUACGCCCCGAACUCCUGCAACCCCGACACAGUGACGGCAACAGCGCGCUGGUACCUCCUACGCCACCUGCAUGCCAACAACGACCUGGAACUAAUGGACACGCUGAUGACACGGGCCAAAGAAAUCGGAGACUCCAGACUGAUGGACUUCCACAGGAGGCUUUGUCCCUCAGAGUGACUGCACUUGUCACCCCCUGCCCUCUCCCUCUCUUUCAUUCAUUCACUCAGGAGCAACAUACUGGAAACCAGACGCAAAGCGUACAUCCAACUGUGUCUCUCAUGACUCACAUCUGUAACUCGUAUCAGGGAAGCGUGUGAUUUCUGUCACAGUGUAGUGCCGAUUAGGGAAAGGACUGCUCACAUUAGAACUGCAAAUUCAUGCAUUAACGCACAUAUUAAAUUACCCAGUUACUCGCUCCCAGAAGCACUUAGUCUCAAACCAAGCUCUCGUAAUAAAGUCAGCGAGAAAUACAUGACUUACACAUGCAUGCAGGAUUUGUCUAUCCUCCAGUUAGAUGGAAAUGAAGUAAAAGGAAAAAAUAUUAAUUAGCACAUUAUUACAGCCAUAAAUAACAUCAGUCUGUUAUUUCUUUGGAAGAGAGACACAGUCAGUGAAAUGUGUUCCAUUUGCAGAGAAUAAGCGUCAGUUAUGUAGUCGA